GAAAAGCUGAAAGAAAUGCAAAAGUUUUUUGGGCUGGAAGUGACUGGGAAGGUGGAUGCGGAAACCUUAGAUGUAAUAAAGAAGCCCAGGUGUGGCGUACCUGACCUGGGUGACUUUACCCUCACGGAAGGAAACCCUAAAUGGGAUAAAACCCAUCUGACAUACAGGAUUGAGAAUUACACACCAGAUUUACAUCAAGAGGAAGUGAGGAGAGCAAUCCAGAAAGCAUUCGAAGUUUGGAGCAAGGCAUCACCCCUGACAUUCGAAGAAAAACAUACAGACAUCCAAGAUAUAAUGAUCUCCUUUAAUGUAGGAGAUCAUGGUGAUAACUCUCCUUUUGAUGGAAACAGCGGGGUACUGGCUCAUGCUUUUCAGCCUGGGAAGUUUAUAGGUGGAGAUGCUCAUUUUGAUGAUGCCGAACAUUGGACAAAUGGUUUUCAAGGCACCAAUCUGUUCAUUGUUGCUGCCCAUGAGUUUGGCCAUUCGCUGGGUUUGUCUCACUCCACUGAAGCUGGAGCGCUGAUGUUCCCCACCUAUUCUUACCAAGAUCCUCGCUCCUUUCAACUUCCUCAGGAUGAUAUUAAUGGCAUUCAGACCAUCUAUGGAAAAUCACUAAACUCACAACAACCUACUGGCCCCGUCACACCAAGAGCUUGUAGCUCCAGAACAACUUUUGAUGCUGUCACCACCUUACGUGGAGAAACCAUGUUCUUUAAAGACAGGUUUUUCUGGCGGAAAUCCCCACACAUAUCAGACAUAGAACUGAAUUCCAUUUCCCUCUUCUGGCCAGGUCUGCCAUCUGGAAUAGAUGCUGCCUAUGAAAGUUAUGAAAAAGACCAAGUUUUUCUUUUUAAAGGAAAGCAAUAUUGGGCUCUAAAUGCCUAUGAUAUUGUGCAAGGCUAUCCUCAAAGCAUCACCCGCCUGGGCUUUCCCCAACACAUUAAACAAAUUGAUGCUGUGUUCAGUGAUCCAGAAACUGGAAAGACCUAUUUCUUCGUAGGUAGCAAGUACUGGAGAUACGAUGAAUACAGGCAAUCCAUGGAAAGGGGAUACCCCAGAAAUGUAGCCCAAGACUUCAGAGGAGUUGGCCCCAAAAUUGAUGCUGCUCUCAAUUAUGAUGGAUACAUUUAUUUUUUCCAAGGAACACAACAGAUCCAGUUUGAUCUUAACAGCCAAAGAGUUGUUCAAAACAAUCAAAGAAGCAAUGCUUGGCUGAACUGUUAA